UGCACGAAUUACUUAUAAAAUAUAUAGACAGAGUAGUAAUGUUGUCUGUUUAUGAUCUCCUCUUCUAUAUCAUUAUCUUCUUCGUUUCUUUAGUUUUUAUGGUUCUGUUAGGAACUUACUGGAAUUACGGAUCCAAAAAAUACAAUCUUCCUCCAAGUCCAUUAAGCCUCCCCAUCAUUGGACACCUUCAUCUCCUAGAUACCUUUCCAAACAGAUCAUUUCAGAAACUAUCAUCUCGUUAUGGUCCUAUAUUUUAUCUUCGUCUCGGUUCACAUCCAUGUGUAGUCGCUUCUUCUCCCGAGCUUGCCAAAGAACUACUCAUGAACAAUGAGAAAAAAUUUCUCACACAUCCAGCAAGUAUUGCAAUACAUCAUGUUACUUAUGAGUCAUCUGGUUUCGCAUUUUGUUCUUAUGGACCUUACUGGAAAUUCAUGAAGAAACUUGUUAUGUCUCAAUUUCUUGGAGGUUCAGCUCUUGUUCAACUUCAACCAGUUCGUAAAGAUGAGAUCCGUCGGUUAGUUCGGUACUUGGUUAACAAAUCAAAAGACGGUGAAAUAGUUAAUGUCACCGAUGAACUGAUGAAGCUUUCAACCAAUAUAGUUACUCGUAUGAUGGUAACUAAUAGGUAUUCUACUGAUGGAAAAGAUGCUCAAGACGAGGAACUUCGUAAUUUGAUCCGAGAGGUGUCAGGAAUCUUUGGUCUGCUAAAUGUGCAUGACUUUUUAGAUUUUAUUCCGGGGUUUUUUGACUUCCAAGGAGUUCUCAAGACCGCUAAGGAUGUUCGACGUAGAUACGAUGUAUUGUUGGAAGAGAUCAUACUGGAGAGGGAAGAAACUAGAAAGAUGAGGAAGGGUGAUGAAGAAAGGGAUGUUUUGGAUAUGUUACUAGAUGCAGUAGCUGACAAGAAUUCAGAUGUCAAAAUAACAAGAGACAACGUUAAAGCCGUCGUGCUGGAUAUUGUCACGGCUGGAACUGAUACAUCUGCCGGUGCAGUAGAAUGGGGAUUAGCUGAACUCAUCAACCAUCCUAGACUCUUCAAGAAAGCCAGAGAAGAAAUUGAUUCAGUUGUAGGAGUAAAGAAUAGGUUAGUCGAAGAGUCAGACCUCCCGGACCUUCCUUACCUUCAAGCCAUAUUUAAAGAAAUCCUUCGACUACAUCCACCUGUUCCAUUGCUUAUAAGAGACUCGACACAGGAUUGUAAAGUUGGAGGUUAUGAUAUUCCAGCUAACACUAGACUCUUUGUGAACGUAUGGUCCAUGAAUAGAAACCCAAAAUAUUGGAAAGAUCCUUUAGAGUUUAAGCCCGAAAGGUUUCUUGCAAAUGAGAAUACCGGUGAAAACUAUGAUGUGAAAGGCCAACAUUUUGAGUUCUUACCAUUUGGAACUGGGAGAAGAGGGUGCCCUGGAAUGUGGUUGUCUUUGGUAGAAGUUCCUACAGUGUUGGCUGCAAUGAUACAAUGUUUCGAUUGGAAGACAGUCGACAACGAGCGAAUGAUCGAUAUGAGUGAACGCUUCGGAUUGACACUUCCAAAGGCAGAUCCUCUUACGCUUAUCCCUGUUACUCGCUUUGAUCCUUCUGUUGCCGUCUAAGUUUGGCUUCUGCAAAAGCCCAUUAAAUAAGCUUUGUGUUUUGCAGUGUGCUCUUACUAAAUUCCAGGAGAUAUUUAAUGCUUCUGGUUGAGCACCCAACUAAACCUCAAGCACCUAAAUCUUUAUGUAUCCGCUUUUGCGUAUCAUUGACGAAUCUUGUUUUUCUGAAUUAAUAGGAACUGCAUUUAUAUCCUAAA